CAUUGACAAUUUACUUGUCUUAGAAUACAUAUUAAUUUUAAAUAUUUUCAAAGUUAUAGAAAUAAAAUAGCUUAGAGUGUAUUUGGCAAUUUGACUUUAUUUAAGUUCUGCUAAUAGUUAUCAACAAUGGCAGACAAAUUAACGCUAGAUAAGCAGGCAAUGAAAGAUUAUUCGACGGCUCAUCUUCGUAUAUACGUUGGCGGACUCACCGAUGAUGCUAAUGUUGACGAACUUUACAAUCAUUUUAUCGAAUACGGCAAAAUUGAUGGAAUAAUCAUAAACAGAAUAUUUGGAUUUGUACAGUUUCAACAGGAGUCAAGUGCGAUCGAAGCAAUAAAUAAAGCUAAUUUCAGUGUUUUUCAAGGGAAAAAAAUAACUGUCAGAGCUGCCCAACGUAAUGGACCAAAACGAGAAACUGAUGUGGUAUCGAUUCAAUCAGAUAAACCCCCGCUUGCAGUACCUGAAAAUAUACCUAAUAAAGGUGGGGAUGAUAUCACUGAAGAUCCUUAUGACAAUUAUGGAAACUAUGUUGGUGAAAAUUAUAGAGAAGAAGAAUUUGAAGAAGGUUACAAUAAGCAGGGUUGGAAUGAGCGAGAUGCGGCGACUCGAGGAGGGCCGCGGGGCCGCGCUCGCGGGCGCGGGAGGGGGCGCGGCGGUCCCCCCAACUUUAGAGAACGAUCGCCCGGUAGAGGUAGCGAAUGGCCUGAGAGAAAUUAUGACAGAUACCCACAGCCCGAGUAUCCAAGGGCAUUACCAGUACCCGAGAGGAAUGACUGUGAAAUUAUAGUAGUUUCGAAAGCUCUAACAGAAUAUGCGGAAUAUAUUGAAGGGCGUCUACAACGACUAGGAAUAGUUGUAGAUUUACUAUUCCCAAUGGAGGAUGUUCCUAUAGGAAAAGUACUCGGAAACAUUGCGUCACGAGGCUGUCUUUAUGCUAUAUUGGUAAUGCCAUUGAACUUGGAACACAGAUCCUUGACACUGACCAUCCUCCAUGGCUUGCCACAAGAACAUCGCAAUAUGCCACUUGAAGAUGCGCUACAACUGCUAUCAAGGAACUUUCAAGAAGUACAAAGGGGUGGACCUUCGGGGAGAGAAGCGGUGUAUGCUCUGCUCGGACAGUUGGCAGAUGGAAGUACCCUCACCGUGCUUCAAUACGAUAAAGUUAUCGAGUAUCUUCAGGAACGCAGAGAACAACAAGUCAAGAUAGAAUUAGGCGAGCCAUUAACCACUGCGACGACUAAUAGUAAAACUCAAGUGGAUUUACAACAAAGAAUAUUGAAUAUACUCAACGAUAAGAAAUCUUUGGGAAAAUCUGAAUCUCCGCCCGUCGCGAGUCCGCCAGUGAGCAAGCAAGAAUCACAGAACAAACUGUUAAAUGAUCCGACAGUCAGAAAAGCUUUAGAUUCAAUAUUACAAAAAUUCGUAUAACUUAUGUUCAUAAUUUUCAAAGCUAUCAUUAUUGGAAUAGUAAUAUAGCAGUAUUAGAAAUAAGAUUUCUCAUUUAAUAAAAUGUAAUGACGACUACAGUUUGAAGUUCAUUCCGCUAAAUAAUAAUUACAGAACUUUUUUAGUACACGUAAGGUGAUAUUGUAGUUUUAAAUGUUAAAUCAUGCUCAAUAAAGCUAUCGAAACUGCACAGGUUUGGUUUAUCAGAGAUAAAUGCGAAAUAAAAUACAAAAUAUCCCGAUGCCUAGGAUUUAAUCUGUGACGAAUUAUUUGUGUAUACUUUUGUUACAAUAUGGAAACAUUUUCUAUUAAAAACGAUUUUGCGUUUUUAAUAAAGAUUUCUUAUUACAAUUAUUAGAACAAUAUGUAAUUUUAAGAAAACAAAUAAAUGAUUUUUUAAUUUA